AUGGCCCCGGACUACAAACACGGAGACGCGCCGAAAAAGGCCAUGGUCCGCGGAACUAUAAGCUACCUCGAGUCGCAGGGGCUGCCGGUCAACAAGUCGGCCAUAUUCAGACACUUCGAGCUGUCGCGGUCCCAGGGGUACGCGGCGCUCAGCGGGCCGGCGUCGAGGCGCAACGACCCCGAGUGGGAGGAGACGCGCGGGCGGCCCGGCAAAGUGUCGGACGGGGACCAGCAGAAGAUGGAGAGCAUCCUCUGGGACGAGGCGUACGAGGACGUGUACCUCAACUGGGCGGGGCUGGCGAGGCACGCGGGCGUGGAGAUGGGCUGCAACCCGAGGACGAUGCACAGGACCAUGGGCACGCUGGGGUACAGGCGGUGCCUGGGGUGCGGGAGGGCGUGGGUGAGCAGGAGGUGCCGCGAGCGGCGCGUCGAGUGGGCGCGCAAGAUGCUGGACGCGUUUGCGGGCGCCGGGACGGCGUGGAGGACGGUGCGGUUCGGGUGCGAGCUGCACUUUGGCUUCGGGCUCGACGGCGCCAUGAGGGUCGUGCCCCGGCCCGGGGAGAAGCACUGCCCGGGCUGCGAGGGCGGCGGCGGCGGCGGCGGCGGCGACGACGGCGCGGACGGCCCCCGGGUCCGGUGGACGAGGGACGUCAAGAGGGUGCACGCCUGGGCGUGCGUGGGCCACGACUUCAAGAGCGACCUCGUCUUCUACCACGACUCGACGAGCCCCAACUCGUCGGGCGCCAUGACCAUGGCCGCCUACCACGACAAGGUGCUCGAGAGGCACGUCAAGCCGUGGCUGCAGCCGGCCAUGGGCGGCCCGCAGUCCUUCAUCCUCGAGGAGGACACCGAGUCCUUUGCCCACGGGGCGCUGAGCAAGGUGAACAUGGUGCGGCAGUGGAAGGAGCUCAACGGGCUGCGGAGCCACUUCAACUGCGGCGACAGCCCCGACCUGAGCCCUCUCGACUCCGUCUGGCCGCCCGGCAAGCGCUGGAAGGUGAAGCCGUUGAGGGACUGGGACGAGGCUUCGCUCAGGGACGCGGCCCGCGACGCGUGGAGGCACGUGGUCCUCGACCAGGAGAGGGUGAAUGUCUGGGUGGACCUCAUGCCGGCGAGGCUGAGGGCUGUUGUAGACAGCGGCGGCAAGCUGGCGCCGUGGUAG